AUGCGAAUAGCGUCAAAUGCAAUCCUGCGAGCCGCCUUCGUGGCCGCCUGGCUCGCCUCGACCGCCCUCGCGAUGCCUCAAGUCGUCGACCGCGAAGAUCCACCACCAAACCCGCCGUCACCCCCGAAACCCGUCGCGACGGCCGACCAAGUCGACGUGACGAGGCCCAACACCACCACCGCGGGGGACGAGAACAAGCCGCCGAUCCCGAUCACGGUGCAGCUCUUCGGCAGCUCGCCGGGCGUCAAGAACUGCCGCAGCGGCGCGAAGCUCGUGGACAUGGAGCUGCCGAAAAACGCGUCGGCGCUGCCGCAGUUCACGGCCGGCGACCUCGGGCAGUGCUACGACCUGCCGGGCACGGCGCAGUGCGGGAUAUUCAUGGGCAACAAGGCGGACGGGUGCGAGGCGAAGCUGUUCCGGGGGCUCAAGUGCACGUCGUUCACGAACGUGGCCGUCUUCCAGGACGAGCUGAGGCCGGUCGGGGGCUUCUUCACGAGCAUGGCCAUCAAGUGCGGCAUCAAGCCGGUCGAGGUGCAGCCGUUGAGCCUGGGAGGGCUCGGGGCGGCCAAGAUGCAGAAGCCGCAGACCAAGGACGGGGGCAAGGCGAGGGCGGCGAGGGCGAUCGAUGCUGCGAUGCAAGCUGGUUUAUCACAGGGGGCGAAUUGA